AUGUUUUUGACAACUUCAGGCGUGCAAUGCAUAAACGAGUUUUUAAAACUUCUUCUCUCUCUCCCUUCCGACUGCAAUCAUUUUAGGAAACCAGUAAUUGAUGCACAAGCUUCAGCAGUUAAUUCACGAAAGGGGGCAAGGAUCAACAAGGAUCAACAUACAGCAAAAAGUCAUAAAGGAAACAAAUUUGAAGAGUUGGUGGUGGAUGAAGUUGAAUCUGAUUGCGUGUUCCGAAGACUUACACGUGUUUUAAUUUAA